CAAACAAGUUAGAAACAAGUAUUGAAAGGCGGCUCGAGCCACUUCAGACGACUUACUCCUGACGCUCGAGGCUGUCCUGCGCAGUGCGUACAUCCUGAGGCCUCUCGGAUCUUGAUACUCGUGCACUACAGGCAGGUCAAGCUUUGUGGAUCAUUUUUGUCCGAUGUUUGAUGUCGCUUCCAAAGGAGGCAGAGAUAAGGAAUGUAAAGAUAGCCUUUUUCUCUCAUUUCGCUUCAUCUCUCCUAUGGCCGAAGACGAAGAGGACUGGCAGGAGUACAAACUCGGCGGCUAUCAUCCUGUCUCCAUCGGCGACACCUUUGCUGACAGCCGAUAUGUGGUCGUACGCAAACUAGGGUGGGGACACUUUUCCACAGUAUGGCUCGCGCGGGACGAGAAAAUGAAACGACACGUCGCCCUCAAAAUCGUUAAGUCUGCUCCGCGUUAUACCGAGACCGCUGUCGACGAAAUCAAGCUGCUCCAACGCCUAGUGACGUCCUCCGAUCCCACGUCGCCUAACAAACAUCCCGGACGAUCGCACGUUAUCACCUUUCUCGACCACUUUCGACAUAGAGGUCCAAAUGGAACACAUGUCUGCAUGGUGUUCGAGGUGCUGGGAGAAAGUCUGCUGGGCCUGAUCAGAAGACACCAGAAUAAGGGCGUUCCAAUGGCUAUUGUCAAGCAGAUUGCCAAACAGGUCCUGACCGGACUUGAUUAUAUGCAUCGAUACUGCGGAGUGAUCCACACAGACUUGAAGCCCGAGAAUGUACUCAUCUACAUCCCGGACGUCGAGUCUGUUAUUGAAUCCGAGCUUGCCUCACAAUCUACCUCACCUCCCUCAUUCUCCACCCAUCCACAACCGCACGCCGGCCAUCACCACAAACUCGUCGGUGUCCCACCGUCUACUGGGCGCGGUGGAAAUCAAACACCAGGCGCCCGCCAUCUACACAUCAACGUGAGCAUCACAGGCAGCCAGCCUCUACCGAGCGUCAGUCCCACUGGCAGCUUUCUCAGCAUGUCAGGACUGAGUCCAGGCAACAGCAACGGCUCCCGCGUGAAGCUCACUGGCGACACCUGGGGCCUUGGAAUGGUUAAGAUUUCUAAUGAUGAUCCGAAGCAAGGGAAGGGCAAGGAAAAGAGCACGGGCGUCGAGGACGGCUCGGACCUGGGCAUGUCGUCGCUGACCGUAUCCCAGUCGGCGCCGGCUCGCACCAACGCCGGGCCCUCACAGCUGAGCCUAGAAAUGGGCCGCCAUCAAGAGAGCCAGGAGGUCCGCGAGCCGGGCAAGCACGAGGAAGAGGGCGAAGGCUGGGUAGAAGAGGUUGGCCCCGAGUUCGGCCCCGAGUUCGAGUACGAGAUGAUCACAGUCAAGAUCGCGGACCUAGGUAAUGCGACGUGGACUAAUCACCACUUCACAAACGACAUCCAAACCAGGCAGUAUCGCUGUCCAGAGGUUCUGCUCGGAUCGACGGAGUGGGGCACCAGCGCAGACAUAUGGAGCAUAGCAUGCGUGUUGUUCGAGCUGAUGACCGGGGGCGAUUACCUCUUUGAUCCCGCUGCGGCACCCAAGGCAGCCAACGGACGUCCCCGGUAUACUAAGGAUGAUGAUCAUCUUGCCCAGAUCAUCGAGCUUAUGGGGGAGAUUCCCGAACGCAUCCGCAAAUCCGGGCGAUGGUCCAACGAGUUUUUCGACGCGAAAGGCAAUCUCAUCCACAUCCAGAACCUGCGACCAUGGCCGCUGUCAUCUGUCCUGCACGACAAGUAUCUCUUCCCGCCGGAGGACGCGGCUGCCAUCGCCUCUUUCCUGGUCCCUAUGCUUCAGCUGGAGCCCGAGAAGCGGAUGAGCGCCGGAGAUCUAGUGCAACACGAGUGGCUGAGCGAUGUCCCGGACGUGGAGCGGACAUUUGACAGUGGUCAUGAGGGAGAUGCUAUGAAGUCCGCAGAUGAUGGGUCAGCGCCACAGAAGAUGGAGAGGGUCGGCGAGGAGGGGAUGGCUACAGAUAUCGGAUUCGGCGAGAGUCGCUAAUGUACUGCUACAGUAGUAAUGUGUUGUAAUUGUGCAAUAAUGUCUCUGCAUGGGCCAAUCUGAUUCUACCUGUGAUGCAAACUAACUCCUUCGGGCUAUGCCUCGUCUGCUUGCUUCUACCAUUGCAUGGUCUCACCCCUCCGCUUGACGGUCAGCAUCACCUACAAGGGCACCAAAGCCCAGAUCGAGGACCACGAGGAAGCCCUGAAUGUCGUGCGCAAAGGCAUGCUCCGCUUCCACCAUGCCGGGUGACUCUGAGGGAGCAGGUCAAUGACGGGCUGCAGAUCUCACGUCCAUGGGCGCUCCGCAUCCAAAAAGGUCGAACUUCCAAGUCCUUUCUCCGGGGCGUGUCCGCUUCUUCUGGACUGCCCUACCCAACUCGGCGAUACACAAGACUUUAAAGAGCCGCUUCAAACAAACUACUGAGAACUACGAUGACCUGCGGUCCAUGCGAGACAAGCGCUCCAUGUACGCGCACGGCACUGGCUGGGACGGGCGCUGAACGGUUCGCAGUGCUACAAUCUUCCUCGCAGAAGCUCCAGAGGUUGUGGAUGCUCGCCUCGUUCAGACAGGUAAACCUCAUGCGGGGAAGAUUCCGACCGGUCCGAGCCAGGAAUCUGGGAGGGACGGGUGGAUGCACCAGUCGAACUUGCCCACACCAUCCCCGACCCCCGCUGCCCCGUUCGCUCCGUUCCUGGACUCGAAAGCUCAUGAAUACGAGCGUUUGGCACUGGGCUCUGCGGGAUGGAGCCCGAAAGAUCAGAUGCCGACACCGAUUCCGAUUGUCCAGGCGGAAGGGCGCCCACUGAAGCGCGCUCGCUACGAUGACGAGGGUGAGGACCGACAACAUCAUCAUUCAGUCGAUCUUCGGCCCCCCUUCCAGGAGAGGAAACCAUUUCAGUGGAACGAACCGAGUGCACCUGGGUGGUCCGAAUAUCAUCAUCCUAUGCAUGGUCUCCCCCCCAAACCGGUGGUGACACCAUUACCCAUGCCCACAUCCCCGCCCCUGGCGAGUCUCGAUGUCCAGAGCAUCCGCCGCCAGCUUCGAGAUGUGCGCUGGCGGUUGAACCUUGCAAGCGCGAGGGAGCGCGAGUUGUUGGCUCUCCUCCACACGAUGGGCUUUGACGACGCGGAUGUCAAACCCAGUGCCAGCGACGAUUGGGAAACGAAAGCUCGGAUACAAAAUCUGGAGUCCGAGCUGGAAUCUGAACGAGCGCUGCGGCGCGACGCCGAAGCUGUUGUUGACGAUAUCAGGAAGGAGUGCCAACAUCCCUUCGUGGUACCUUCAUUACUCGACGCAUUCGUGGAUAUAUCCAUGCUGAGUCUGAAGUCAUUACGCCACUGAAAACCUGCUCUCCAUCUCUCAAAGUGUAUUCCUUGUACAGUAGGGAAAGGACCUGUACAAUCAAUCAGCCGUGUUGUUGAAGAUCGGCUAACAUGUACUUGAGUACUUACGAUGGCUUCCGAAUAUGACAACACAUGCGUCCUCGGUGACGCACCAUGUCAACGGUCCAGAUUAACCAGUUUGUCCGAUUCUAGCUCGAAGAAAUCCGGAUGUUCACAGGAUUCGGCCAGUCUCGGUACGCGCUCACCGCGCUCAAAUCCUCCAUCCAAAUCGGAGGAUAUCAACGCCAUCCCAGGCGAAGGGGUGACGUGCUUUUCAAUAUUUGAAGAGAAACUCCACAAGGAAUCGGCAAUAUCAUAUGAGUGGAGGCUGAAGGUAUUUUCUAUCAGCCACUUUUUUGCGAUAUGGGGUUAUCUCAGCAUGCUGUCACCACUCUCCAGCCAGGUCCAAGAUCAUGCCAGCCCAUGAGAUGGCACUUCGACACCUCUGGCUUCACAGCGUUCAUUUCUUUCCAGCUGCUGAGAUCCUGCAGCAAACUUCUGGAGCUCCAGGAGACAGUGUGACGGCCAGCCUCUAAUCCAUCUCGCAGGGAAGAUUGGGACGAUUGGCGGCUUCACCCACUGGCAUUCUGCAAGCACUUUUUCUAGUCGUCACAGAGAGAAACGUCAUGCACCAUUGCGCGGGUACUCUCGCUCUACACAUUCUGACAGAUUUUUUUCAAGGAACUGGGCGUCAUCCGGAAAUCAACCACAGUCUCUUGGAGUUCAAUGGCGCCCAGUUCCAAGACGAGGAAGAAAAUUAACGAAUGAGCUCUUAUUCAUCCACCAUUUCUU